CUACAGAGGGGCUCUGGGGUGCAUGGGCAAGCAGAGGAGCUUGUGCUCACCUAGUCCAGGUGCCGCACUCACAUCCUUCUGUUUCAGGGCACAAAGGAGAGAGUGCAAAGCAGUGCUGAGACCCAGCCCAGUCCUGCUGUCCCUAUGGAGGAGAACUCCCUCUACACCUCCUGGCAGGAGUUGACUGAGUUCCCAGUGCUGGUUGUCCGGACAGAUGCAGCUACCCACUGUGGCCUGCACGGGCACUACCUGCUCUCGGCCCUUCCCCAGAGCCUGGCGCUGAAGGAUCCGCAGUCCCGACAGCCUCUGCUCACCUGGCCCUACCCCUUCCUCCGAAAGUUUGGCCAUGAGCAGAGUGUCUUCUCCUUUGAGGCUGGUCGGCGCAGUGACUCUGGCGAGGGCACCUUCACCUUCAGUACCCCACGGGCCCUGGAGCUGUGCCGGGCUGUGGCUGCUGCCAUUGCCUGUCAGCAGCAGGGCAAGGCUGCCCCAGACUCCCCUCUCUUCUCUGCCUCUGAAGUACAGGGCCUUGAGCACCAGCCCUGGGGAUCCAGAGCCGAGGAGCUCCAGCCUAACCUGUCUCUGGGGGGGACACAAUCUCCUAUUGUGUACGCUUCUAUUGCCCGGAGCCAGCAGCCUCUCUUCACACCAGGGCAGCCGGCCUCUAGAGAGCCCUGGGCUGCGGGGAAAGCCCCUGAGCAUCUCUAUGAGAACAUCUUCACUUCGGAGCUGGGCCCAGCCAGGGCACAGGAGGAGGAGGCAGAGGACGAAAGGCAGUGGGAGGUGGAGUGCCGGCAGGCUCCAGAGGGCCACAGCAGUGACCUGGGCCCUAUCUAUGACAAUCAGGCCCCUUUAGCCCAGCUGCCACGGGGCAGCCCCCAGUCCCCGGAGCAGUGCUGGGGCCAUGGGGAGCAGGAGCUGCUGCCGGGGCGUCCUGGGCACAAACCCCAGAGCAACCUCCGGGCCAAACUUGUGCGGCUGCUCAGCCGGGAGACCCCUGGCCCCCGGGACUGGCCCUGAACCCGGCCCGGAUGCGGUUCGGUGGUACGCUGCGGAGAAUAAACA